AUGAAAUCGACUUAUCAUCCUCAUGUUGAAGUGAAAACAUAACAGUCGUAUGAUUAAAAUGAAGAAUAAUAAAAAGAACUUGAAUUAAGAAAUCAAAAACUAAAAGAACUAUAAAUUAAAUUAGAUUGUAAGGAUAACAUCAUAAAAGAUAUGACACAAGGAUAUUUAAAGGACGUUUAACAUAUGAAAGAAUUAUUAUUUAGAAAAAAUGAUUAAUAGUUGAAUAUAUUUGAAGUUUAAUAUUUUGAUUCUAAGGAAGGAUUUACUGAAGAAUAAACAAACUUAUUGAACUAAAAAAUUAAAGGUAUCUAACAACAAUUUGAACAUAAACUAUCUAGCAUAUUUCAACUGAAAAUAAACAAUAUCGUUGCCUAAAUUGAUAAGUUCAAAGAUAAACUCAAAAUUCACGAUACUAGUAUUGGUUUAUUAGCCAAAGUAAUACAAAUGGAUAAUAAUGAUCCUUACAUUACUUGGAAGAAUAUUUAAGAUCUCAAAGGAAAUUCAUAUUUCUUUUAAGUAUUUGAAAAUUAAAAGCAUACAUAUGGAAUUAAUUAUAGAGAAAUAGAUAAGUUAAUAAUUCAAUGCAAGUCUUAGCAAAGAGAAGUCUAACAUUAUAGGUAAUAAUUAGAGGAUUAAUUAUCCUAAUUUGUAGAUAGAUAAAUUAAUUAUAUCAAGGAUUUGUAAGGAGAAUUAGAUGAAAAGAAUGAAUAAAUUGAAAAGCAAAAAUACCGUCAAAAGGAAAUUGUUUAAGAAUGUUUAAAGUAGAGUCGUGAAUAGAUGGAGAUUGCCUUAUCACACCGAAAAAAUGAAAUGUUGUAGCAAUUAUUUGGGUAAUUUAAUGAAUUAAAUGAAAUAAAAACUAAUUUUGAUCAAUAUAAGGUCAAAGUGAUGUUCAAUAAAUGGAUAUUAAUUAAUCGAAUGUUGAGAUGUGUGAAAACCGUUAGAGAUCAAUUCUUACUAAGACAAGAAAUAAAGGAAAUUAUUCUCGGAAGAAAAGAUUUUGAAGAAAAAUUGAAAGAAUAUAAAAUUAAAAAAAAGAAAAAGAGAAAUAUUCUUAAAAAUCAAUAUGAAGAAUUAAAGUAAAUAUAUGAGAAUGACAAGUAUAAUCAAAUUUAUUGGGAAUAUAAAUAUCUGACAUAAGAAAAGAUGGAAUAAAUUUUAAAUUAAGAAGUAUCCUAAUUAUAGCAGUAAUAUAAUUAAUCCAAAGAGAAUAUUAAAAUAUUGCAGUUAAAAUAUUAGGUUGUUUGUUUGCAUUAUUAAUAAUUAUAUCGGCUAUUCGACUCGAAAUAAAUAAAUUUUGAGAAAUUAGAUAAAAGUUCAAUAAAGAUGGUUGAAUAUAAGCUAAAGUAAUCUGAUUAAAAUAAAGAACAUUUAUCAUAAUAACUUGCUCUUUAGUAAUAUCAGUAAUUAAAUAAACAAGAGUUUUUAUUUUCAAAUAUCCAAAAUAGGUCAAAAUAUUGUCAAACUAUUGUUUUGAAUGUUAACACACCAAUUCAAAAUAAUAGUUUAAAUUAUGAUAUUAUUGAAAAGAUUAUGAAGCUAAAAUUAAAUAUUAAUGAAAUGUCUCAUAAAUACACAAAUACAGAUUUUGAAUAUUAAAUUAAACGAGAGAUUUUUACAAAAGAUGUAGAGGUAUAAUGUAUUUUAGAAUCAAUUUCUACAAUUUAAUAAUAGCAAUCUAAUUCUCAUUGUAAAAGUAAUUUACUUCAUUAUGAAUAAUUAAGAUCAGUUUAAACACCCUCUUAAUUAUGUUUAUUAGAAGAGAUUUCUGAAUAGCAGGUAGAUACAUAAUAAUUCUAAAAUUAGACUGAAAUCAAAAUUAUUGAUAAUUAGAAUAUGAAUAUAUUAAACUAAGAAAACACUUAUCUCAUUUUUUAAAGAAACUCUUUGAAGUUCACAAAGGAAGAUUUUACUAAAAAAGAUUAUGAGUCUCAAUUAUUAUACGAUUAAAAUAGAUUGCAAAUUAAUACUCCUUAAACCCCACUUCAAGCCUCCUUAAGAGUUAAGGAUUAGAUAGAGAAAAUAUCUUAUUUAUCAUCAAACAAUAAAGAACAUUCUGUCGACCAGCAAUAAGAUAUAUUCCAAAGAUUAUAUAAGGAUAGUAUGAAUAGGAAAUAAAGGUUAUAAAUAUUAAAGAACAAUAUUGAAACCUUGGAUCAAUUUAAGUGGGAAUAGAUCCUUUAGAUAAUUUAAUCUAGUCCUAUAGAUUAAGCAAGGGGAUAUAGUUAAAAAUCAACCAAAAGGCCACAAAUGUAUUUUUCAAAAUAAAAAGGACUGAAAGAUGUUGAAUAUCGAUUUAGCGAUUUAGAAAGAGAUAAUUAAAGAAGAUCUUCCUAUAAAAGAACAGGGACAUCCAACAAUAGGACCUUUUAAAUUCAUAAUACCCACUAAAUUCAAAAAUAAAAUACAACGUUUGAUUUUUCUUAUAGCAAAGUAAAUAAAUAGAAUUUUUGA